AUGUCAAACGGAAAGCACAGUCGCGCGGAAGAGGAGAACGGCGGUCGCGUGGCGACUACGCCGGCCAAGAAAGCCAGAAAGGUGGAGGUGGACGGCGAAGUGCGGAAGGAAACGGUCAAGGAGAAGGCGACCGAGGCUGUCACCGAAGCAGCCGAGGAGGCCGAAGAAGAAGUUGAGGCAGAUGCUGAGGCGACAGGAACGACAGGCACGAAGCUCCAGUACAAGCAGACGGCAGGGCUGACGGCACUGCCGGAAAGCGAGAUCCAGGCGUUUAUGAAGAAGGAGCAGGUGGCAGUGACAGACCCGCUGGCGAAGAAGGACGCGGGAGUGCAGGGCGAGCUGCGGCCGAUUUUGGAGUUUGGACAGCUGCCGGCGACGAAGUUGACGCGACAGAAGCCGUUUGCGGAGUACAAGAAGCCGACACCGAUCCAGUCGGCAUCGUGGCCGUUUACGCUAUCGGGUCGCGACGUGGUGGGAAUUGCAGAGACGGGUUCAGGCAAGACGAUGGCGUUUGCGCUGCCAUGCGUGGAGGCGGUGCUGCGAGCGGCGCGGCCGGAGGCGAUGGAGGCGAAGAAACUGCCGAACCGGUCGAAACUGAACAACAAGUGGGACGGCAAGGGCAACGUGGCGCAGGCGCGGGCAGUAGUGGUGUCGCCGACACGAGAGCUGGCAAUGCAGACACACGCGGCGCUGGCGCCGUUGGCAGCACGUGUGGGCCUGACGGCAGUGUGUCUGUACGGCGGUGCGAGCAAAGACGAGCAGCGGGUGCAGCUGCGACAAGCCGGAGGAGUGGACGUGAUCGUGGCGACGCCGGGACGACUCAAGGACUUUCUGGCAGACGAGGCAGUCUCGUUGGCGCAUGUGUGCUUUGCCGUGUUAGACGAGGCCGACCGGAUGUUGGACACGGGUUUCGAGGAAGACAUCCGGCAGAUCCUGGGUCAGUGUCCUGACCGGACACAGCGUCAGACGCUCAUGUUCACGGCCACGUGGCCGACCAGUGUCCGUGGCCUCGCCCAGGGCUUCAUGGUUGAUCCGGUCAAGAUCACGACAGUCGAGGUCAUGGACCAGCAUGCCAAGGAACGUCGUGUCCUGGCCAUCAUCAAGCAGGAACAGCGCGGUGCUGCCCGGAACGACCGCAUCCUCGUCUUCUGUCUCUACAAGAAAGAGGCCGUCCGGGUCGAGAACUUUCUACAGGGCCAAGGCGUUCGGGUCUGCAGCAUUCAUGGCGACCUGCGCCAGGAGCAGCGGACCCGCAGUCUUGAAGCUUUCAAGACGGGCCAGACGCCAGUGUUGGUAGCUACCGAUGUAGCAGCGCGUGGUCUCGACAUUCCGGAAGUGAAGCUGGUGAUUAACGUGACGUUCCCCCUCACCAUCGAGGACUACGUCCACCGCAUCGGUCGCACUGGCCGUGCUGGCAAGGAUGGCCGGGCCAUCACCUUCUUCACCGAACAUGACAAGGCACAUUCUGGCUCGCUGGUCAACAUCCUCCGGGGCGCCAACCAGGAGGUGCCCGACGACCUGCUCAAGUUCGGCACGACCGUCAAGAAGAAGGCUCACGGCACGUACGGCGCCUUCUUCAAGGACGUCGACAUGAGCCAGAAGGGCACCAAGAUCACGUUUGACUAA